ACUGUUGGACAUUCAAGACAGGCAUGUAUUCACACGGUCUAAAAAUAGCAUUGUAAAAUACGAACUCAUACUGUGUAGACUAGAGUGUAGGCUGGAAACUGCAUCGAUGGCUUCUGUGUUGUUAUUAUUCGCGUAGCUUGAAGCAAAUUAAUAAGUAAUAGACUCCGAUUAAUUGAUAGAGAUCAUACAUAAACUUCAAUCCGUUUUGAUCUGAACAGUUAUCAUUUGGAAAUGUCAAACUAACUCUGAUUAAGCGGAAAUCAGAACAUGCCAGAAUAAGGUAGAAAAAGUAUUGAUUAACAAUGGCGAAGUUAACAACAUAGCAACCUAUUGGAAAUUAGUUCACUCCGUUUCAUGCAAGAAGAAACUCGUGGGGAGUAAAGCAAGAAAAUUAAAAUAGGGGGAUUUUAUUCAAUUCAUUUGCUGGCAAGAGUUUUGGAAGAAAAAUGAUACAACAGUUAUUAUCGUCACUCCUGGUCUUUGUUCUUUGUGUGCCACAUUGUCAUGGGGGCUGUGCAGAGGUGGACUCCAUGACAGAGGCGGUGGCCGGGGAGAGCUUCCUCAUGGGCUGCAUCUCCUGUAAGAGGAGAGAGGAGGUCCAGGCCCAUACCACGGUUGACUGGCACUUCAGAGCCACAGGAGAGGAGGAGUAUAUCCACAUCUUUCACUAUGACCACCCACACCCCAACACCCUCCACGGGGACUUUAGUGACCGGCUAGAGUGGCAGGGAACAAUGGGGAGUAAGGAUGUACAGAUAGGAGCCGUCUUCAUUCACAACGUCACGUUUAAUGACACAGGGACCUACCGCUGCACCUUCCAGCGCACCCUCUUCCUCCCAUUGGAUAAUGAAUAUAUCACAGUGGAAAAGGAGGUGGAGCUUACUGUGGUGGCCGAAGCCAAUCGGGAGCUGUUGUCGGUGGUGUCAGAGAUCAUGAUGUACGUGCUAAUCGUGGUGCUGCAGCUGUGGAUGAUCGUGGUGCUGAUUCACUGCUACAACAAGAUCUGGGCUGAACACGAGGCGCGGGAUGCCCGCAAAGCCUUGAGGGCCCAAAAACUGGCCCUAAUAAAAGAAUCUUUAGACUCAAAGGACAAUUGUGAUGGAGUGCUUCUGGAGUGACUUGUUWCYGUGAGUUUGUUUUGAAAUCCUCUCACAUGAUUGAAAGUGUGAUUUUAUAGACUUGAUUGUACCGUAUAUAUGAUUUUAGACCGCUGACUGUGGAGAAUACAUUUUAUUACUUUCCCUAUUCUAAAUUCGGACACAUUUCACUGGAAUCAAAAGCUUUUUUGCAUUGCUAUUCUUAAAGCAGAUGUUUGAUCUUGAUGUAUUUUGUUUGUGUGUAUCUAACAGGUAAACAUCAAAGYUGGAGAACUCUGUCACAAGCAAUUGUUACCACUACACUACUAGGCUAUUACCUCAUAGAAACAUAAUUUGAAUGUCUUAGCAUAGUGUGUAACACAUGCAGUUUACAAUGUACUUGAUUUACUGUACGAGGUAGUUGCAGCUGAUGUGAGUGGUGAUUAGAUUAACAGAUGGUGCCGAAUAUCCUUAGUGUGUCAACUCAACAGAGAAUGUCAUCACGUGAUAGAUCAACAGUUCUGACAAAGCUCUGAUUACAGAUAGUUCCACCUGAGCUACAUAGAAAGCUUUGGCAGGAACAACCGUGCAUCUACAUAGGUCUCAUCUGCAACCAUGUUAUUACAAAAAAAUGUAAUCGCUUUAGAGAUAUUUUCACAAGUAUGUGGUAUAUUUUCACAACUCUUAGAACAAAAUACCAAACUGGUCACACUUGUAAUGCAGCAAGUCUUUCAUUCAAAACCUGUCAUUGUGCAUCCAUUUGGAUUAUAAACAUCUCUCACCACACAG